AUCCAUUCAGAAAGCAAUGGAGAAACCCGAAUUGGUAAAAGAGCUGCAGCGCGACCUUGCGCGUAAAUAUCAGCUCCAUGGACCAAAGAUCGAGGGAAUAUGGCACUCCCUGGGCAAGGGACAACGGGAAAGGGUCAUGAGAGCCGGGGCCGCCGAAAGUCAAAUGCUAAAGUCGCCUAUCGAUAGAUCGUUAGGCGAUGUUUUCAAGGUCAUCCCUGACUGGAAUCUGCGUGACAUCGCCAAUCCGGAUUCUGACUAUCUGCUCGAUUGCCUGAAACAUCGCGCGACAAAAUCUUUAUCUGAGCAGUACAUCGAGGGUGUCAACGGUGGCCCUGGUGAUGCAGCGGUCAUAUUACGGAGCAUGCAGGUCCAUGGCCUUAAACAUGUUGAUCCCUUUCGCUAUAGCUUCACGUUGUUCAUGGACGAAGAACGAUAUGGACAAUCCUUCACAGUCUCUGACCGGGAGAAGUACAAAGAAACAAUGACUGCGUUGAAAGUUGGGGUGGAUGCUGGAUUGAUUGUCCCUCAGUCGACGGGCGAGCUUAUCUUGGAAAGACAGUCUAUCCUACUAACGUCCAUGAAUAUCGUGAUCCAGGACAUCCUUGAAGCGGGUUCUACCGUUGAGGCCAAAGGGCGCUCCAAAAAGUCAGAGAAGGCCGCACGGGAGGCUAUGUCCAAACUUACAAUUGACCAGAAGCCAGAAAAGCUCUCCUUGGAAGACCUGACUGCUCUUUCUCUUGACCAGAAGUCGGCUUUGGAGGAUUAUGUACUUCUUUGUCGGGCUGAGCCCGAGUUCCUUGCUCAUGCUGUCAACGCUUGGUUCUUCAGUCGACCCGAGCUGGUGGCGGAUGAGAAAGGUCGAAGAUUGCCGUUGAUUACAGAUAAGUAUAUCAACAUCGCAUUUUUCGAGAUGAUCCACAAUGCCGUGGUUGGUGCUGCAGUCUGGGGGUAUAUCCAUCAACUUCUCCAGGCUCUCGUAGCCGGCCCCAACGACCGGACCUACAGAAGUGCCUUUCUCCAGGAGCUGGCAAACGUUUGUCAUUUUGAGUACCAGCGAGGUCAGCAGCUUUUUAAGCGCCACGUACAAAUGGCUUCUGGAGAUAAACAUUUCAAGCGCGUCUCUGGCGUAUAUGAUAACGGCACCGCGCGGGUAACGAUGAAAACCAAGCCGGACACUCUUACCAGAACCGAUCCGCAACUCCAUUAUAUACUUCGCCUCUGCCAAACAGACACAAAUGUCUCCAAGGCAGUCGAAUGGGUUCGAAAGUUAGAUGACUUCCACCAAACACAUCCUGCUGAGCAAGAAAAGAUGGGGGAGAGCGAAUUUGACGCUUUCGGUGAUCUUGCCGUGACAACCAAUUUCGUCCAGUGUCUCUCGACGUCUCUUCCCAUGCCACCAAUGAAUCCGAAGAAGGGACAAGCUUAUAUUUCUCGGCUAAAGGCACUGGGGUCUGAGCUUGACCCGCUAAAAUCCGAGAUUGACUUGUCGGCGUUUGCAGUGCCCAUCGAUAAUCUUAUGGAGCCGGGAAUGGCUCAAGGUGCGCUGACCACACUUGACGAAUUCAUAUCCAACAAAACAGGUGCAGAUAUCGGCUUCCUCUAUCAGGAUUUGAACGAAGAAUGUUUGUCAGGCCUGCAGGAUCAAGCUCAACAGCAGAAGGAGAAGAACGAACAGAUAGCACAGACUGAGCUGGCUUCGUCAAUUCCUGAAGCGCCCAGCCGGGAGAUUCAAAUUGAACAGCGCAAGGAAAAGAUCAAGACCCGCCCACCACAUUCAUCCGUGUACAGUAUCGCUCCAACAGCAGCUCCCGCAACGGAACCUGCACCUGCAGCGCCCUCCCAAGCAUUCAAAGUAAAGCCAUCCUCCUUAGAGGUAUUCUCGACCCUUUUCUCCAACCCGAGACCACGGAGCUCAAUCACUUGGGCUGCAUUCCAAGCAGCUAUGGCGCACAUGAGAUUCUCUGUUAUGCCAAAGACUGGGUCCAUCUAUACCUUCUCUCCUCCUGAAGGCUUCAAUGUCCAAAAGUCUAUCACGCUCCACCGGCCGCAUCAGUCCCGGAUCGAGGGUUGGAGACUUCUUUACCUUGCGAGUCGUCUAAAGAGAAAAUAUGGAUGGGAUGAGAAGUCAUUCGAGACGGAAUGAGGUAGCUAUGACUUGCUCUUUUGGGCAAAUUCGGUCGUCACCAAAGCUGUGUAGUCAUAGUUCGGGUACACCACGCCUAAAGUUUAGAUAUUUGACCCAAAU